GUAACCAUGGCAGCCUCAAUCGCUUCCAGCCAAUCCCAGCCUCGACUUUCCGUCUCCCUCACGCUUUACGCCAUCUUGAAAUUACAGCUUCAGUUUGUAAAGUGCCUGAAAUACAACAAAACUGCUCCUUUAUCGCCUCCGUGGGCGAUAUGAGCAGUUCUCAAAACAAACCGUCACAGGCAGCUGGGAAGGGGCAGAAGGACGCAGGCACAGCGGUGGAGAGCAGCAACCGGGACAGAAAGACCGGCGGAGGAAUGCUGAGGAAGCUGAAGUCUAGGCGCAGCCACACGGAUAAGUGGCCUUCGGUCACAGAGGAUGAGCUCCGGGCUUUAGGAACAGAUAUCUCCCCAGACCAUGUCCUGGGUCUGCGGGUUGUCACGGAAGACUACCUGUGCAGACCUGAGGAUAAUAUCUACAGCGUUGACUUCACACGGUUCAAAAUCAGAGACCUCGAAACCGGAACGGUUCUUUUUGAGAUAGCCAAACCUCCAAACAGUGGUCAUGUGGAGAAAGGCGAAGAGAGCGGGGAUGCAGACUCCAGCGCGGGGCGUUUCGUCAGAUACCAGUUCACACCAGCCUUCCUAAAACUGCGCACUGUUGGGGCGACCGUUGAGUUUACAGUGGGGGACCGACCCAUCAACAGCUUCCGUAUGAUCGAGAGGCAUUACUUCCAGGGACGGCUCCUCAAGAACUUCGACUUCGACUUCGGCUUCUGUAUACCCAACAGCCGCAACACGUGCGAACACAUUUACGAGUUUCCACAGCUUCCCGAAGACCUGAUUUGCCAAAUGGUGGAGCACCCAUAUGAGACCAAAUCAGACAGUUUCUAUUUUGUGGACAACAAACUGAUCAUGCACAACAAGGCAGACUAUGCCUACAACGGUGGGCUUUAAAACCUGACAGAAGAAAUGGGUCUAGGAUCUCUUCGCUGAAAAAUUUCCUAGAUUAUGCAUUUCUAAAACUCCUUCCAAAACAGGGUGCAGAAGUGUUUUGUUUUUUUGUUGUUGUUGUCGAAAUUGUUAGAAACUGGACCAACUCUGCCUUACUACAGAAACACGGAUCCAUAUGGAAGUACCUCGGGGAAGCUCAGCUUCGUGGACUCACAAUAACUUUGCUCAUGGUUUCUGUAUAUCUGACUGAAGUGUUUGUUCUGCUCUUUGUUUUGGUUUGUCAGGCAGGUGUCACGUUACUGCUUGAACCCUUCGACCGUAAGAGUUCACGCCGUCUCUGCUGGAAGGGGAAGCUUCGUGUCGCAGAUAGUUAGGAAUGUAAUUCACUUAAGCGCUCAUGUUUAUUUAAAUGACCCGUUUCUACUGACAAGCUUAAUAUUUCUCAAGCGUUUUUAACCUGCCGUUUGAUGACGAGAUACCAUGAAUUGUGUUGAUUUUUGUUAUCGACUUGUGGCUUGAAAUGUUAUGAGCUAUUUGAACUGUUUGUGUGUGUUUAGGAAUUGUUUCUUUCUGACUCAGAGUAGAUUAGUUUUUUUUUUUGUUUGUUUUUGUUUUUUUCUGGUAAACCUUCAUUCCAUUUGAGGAAGAACAUGAACUUCUCAUGAUUACGUCCUGUGAAACUAUGUCACCAAGUUUCCUUUUGUUCUGUGAAAACUGGCAGAAUCGAAGAAGGUGAGAUGGUGAUAGACUACAUUUCCGGUCACUUGCACAUAAUACAUCAAUAACCGCUUAAUUUGCAUGUUUAAAUUCACUCUGAUGUGGUUCUACUUGUUUACCUUCUGGUUCAACAAGGAGGAUGCAAACCUUUCCAUUUAAAACUCAAAGGGAACCGAGAAAGAACCCCUCCAUGUACAACUCAGUGCAGAAAUGCUUAGACAUGCACUAAGUUUUUACUCAACAGCCAUGUCAUUACUCCUCGGUUUGUACCUUAAAAGAGAAACAUUUGUUUGAUUGUGCUUAUUGUGAAACUCUUGGUGGCCUUUUUUAAAAUUUAGGGUGCCUAUAAAUCAUUAGCGGUGACAAACUAAACUCCCACCUGUAGAGCAGGAAAGUGCCUUAGAAUCUGGUGUUAGUGAAAAAAAACAAAACUUGUAUGAGAAAGGUUUGAACAAUUCAGCAAGAAUAACAGAAAGUAAUUUUGCUCUACUGUCUUUUUAUUAUUUUCCACUAAAACCUUUUCUACUGCUGUCUUGUUUUCUAGCGUGUUACAGUUCAUGUACUCGUUCGUUUUUAGAAGUUAUUAAGGGAUUAUGAAGAAAGCCGUUAAUAGUUUCGUCCAUGCGAUGCCUUUAGCACCGUCUCAUUCUGACCCUUUGUGUCUGGCCCUUGGCGUGUGAUGCGUUUAAGGUUUCUACACUCAGAAGCAGCACUACUGCGGUUGACCUGUCCUGCUUUUUUUUGUCAUCCAGCAUGGGAGUUGUGGUUUUUCUCAAAUGCAUUGAGAAGUGCAUGAGCCCUCUCUGUUUUUAUUGUAUUUCUGUAAACUGUUGCAUAACAUCCACUUUUUAUAUUAGAUUAGUAUUGUAAUAAAUAAAAGAAAGACAGACUGCAAGAUGCAUUCUCAUCGGCAUCUUGUUUCUCAUUGUUGUCUAAUUUCAUAAUUCUUAAACCAUAGUCAAAAUUUCUUCUGUUUAGAAGACAUUUUUAAUCAAUCAAUCAAUCAGGUGCGUCUACAUAUUUAGAAUAUUAGCAAAAUGUUAAAUUAAUUCAGAAAGCAAAAUCUAUUUGGAUUCAUUACCCAAACAGUAGUAUAUAUUUUAAGCAUAUGCUACAGUUAAUUUUGAGGAAUACAUUACAGCCAAAGGCCAUAGCUUAGCUCUUCAACAAAUUGAAAAAUCAUACAAUUAAAAAAUAGCAUUUUUUGUACAGAAAUCUCCAUCUUCCAAAACACAUUUCCUUGUAUUAAACAGUACAUGCGCUCAGCA